AUGACCUCCUCCACCGCUAGUCCCAGCACAUCCUCCACAUCCAGCGAAUGGCCCCCUCACCACCACCACGAAGGAAGGCUGGGGGCCCCAUCCAUGCUGGACCUGUUGGCUGAUCUCAGCACCGAAGGGCUUCCCCGACUGGCGGCGGCCCCUUUGGAUCUCUACGCAUUCCCCUCUGGCGCUCCCUUUGGCCAAAGGUCUUCUACUGCCUCCGGAGGACUGCUCCGCAUGGGUGAGGGAGACCCCGAGGUGGAAGAAGAAGAGGGGGAGGAGGGGGAGGAAGAAAGAGAACGGGGGCCAGAUGGAGGGCUGAGGAGGGCCGCUUUCCUGGGCAGACCCAAGCGCAAGCGCCUCAUCACGCACACCCAGCGCCAGGCGGCCAACGUGCGGGAGAGGAAGAGGAUGUUCAACCUCAACGAAGCCUUCGACCAGCUGCGUAGGAAGGUGCCCACCUUCGCCUACGAGAAGCGCCUCUCCAGGAUUGAGACGCUGCGCUUGGCCAUCGUCUACAUCUCCUUCAUGACCGAGCUGCUAGAAGGCCGCGGAGCCAGCUAG